AUGAGCGAUGACCGGGUCCAGUUAGAUUCGGUCCUGGAAACGCUUGGGGCAUUUGGACGGCACCAGAUCAUCACCCUUGGUCUACUGUCCUUAGUUUAUGCUACUAACUCAAUGUACAACGUCAAUUAUGUGUUUGCUAUUGAAGAUGUUAACUAUAGGUGUAAAAAUUCUAAUUGUGGCGAAACAAACGAAGCUGCAUGGUUUCCAAAAAACGAGGAUAUCAAACAAUGUUAUUAUCAACAUAAAGACGAUUGUGGACUUAACACCAGCACAACAAAACCUUGUACGGACUGGAUCUACGAUGUACCAAAUAGUUUUGUUGCCGAGUUUGGAUUAGCCUGUCAAGAUUGGAAGCCUCCACUAAUCGGUACAGUCCACAGUUUUGGUGCCAUGGUGGGGUUGCUACUUCAGGGACAGAUUUCUGACAGAUUCGGUCGAAAAACUGCAGCAGUCUUUGCUGGGACAAUGGGGGCGGUAUUCGGGAUCGCGAAGAGCUUUGUAUCGUCCUUCUGGGUUUACAUAAUCUUGGAAGGUCUGGAAGCAGCCAUCGGUGAUGCUCUGUCACCAAUUUUCAUGUUAAGUAUUGAGAUCGUGGAAAAAAGACGCGCUGUUUUAUUCCAAAUGAUUCUACUCAACUGUUACACCGGUGGUCUAAUUCUAAUGCCGUUCAUAGCCUGGGCUGUACCAUAUUGGCGACACUUCCUUCGGGUGAUUUACGCACCCACACUCAUCAUCUUGACCUACUCGUUGUUUCUCGACGAAAGCAUCAGAUGGCUGUUCAGCAAAGGAAAGAAAGAGAAGGCUAUUAAGCUUAUCCAGAAAAUUGCAAAUCGCAAUAAGGUUCAUGUAGACAGAAUGGUUCUCAAUAAAUUAGACUACAAAGAAGUGCAGGCAACCAGCCAGAGCGAUUUCAAGCUGUUGAUGAAGACAUUCAAGUCUAGGAUAAUGAUGCAGAGGUUCCUCGUCUGUAUAGUGUGGUGGUUGACGAUCACUCUAAUAAAUUAUGGUAUGAUGAUCAGCUCGGUGCUGAUUGAUGGCAAUAAGUAUAUUAAUUUCGCACUUCUCAUGCUGAUGGAUGUACCAGCUAACGUGUUCUACUGGCUAGCUUUGUCCAAGUACAAGAGGAAGGUGCCCCUGAUAGCUUCGUUUAUAAUUGGCGGUUUGUUUUGCAUAUCGCAACCGUUUUUGCCAAAAGGCUACACCUGGUUAGGCCUCCUGUUGCUCAUGGCCUUUGAAACAUUGGCGACGUUUUCCUACAACAUCGUGUACAUGUAUACUUCGGAAUUGUUUCCAACAUACACAAGAAACUCCAUGCAUGCCAUAUGCUCAUCUAUUGGACGGCUUGGAUCCUUAUUGGCUCCACAAACUCCAUUACUUAUGACGUACUGGUCUGGUCUACCGGCAUUUAUCUUUGGUGCAUCAUCGCUCCUCUCCGGAGCCCUAACAAUCUUGAUGCCAGAAACAGCCAACACGCAACUGCCAGAUACCGUUCAAGAAGCUGAAGCGAUUGGAAAAAUUGCCAAGAAUCAGGAACAAAAAGAAGAACUCGAAGGGCUUACUUAA